AUGCAUUACCUCCGAGCUUUACUCUUUGCGACUCUGUCGUCGCUCGCCGAGGCGAGCUUACAAGUAGUACCCGGCGCUACUUGGACUACGUCAAACAAUGAGCACUUGCAAGCCCACGGUGCCGGUGUCAUCAAGGUCGGCUCUACAUACUACCUAAUCGGCGAAGACAAGACGGAGGGAAGUGCCUUUCAGAACGUCAACUGCUACUCUUCCCCAGACUUGGUGCAAUGGACCUAUGUCGGCGCGCUCCUCUCGCGUACCGCCAGCGGCGACUUAGGCCCGAGCAGGGUCGUAGAGCGACCGAAGGUCGUUCAUAACGCCAAGACGGGCAAGUACGUGUUGUACAUGCACAUCGACUCAUCCAACUACGGGGAAGCCAAGGUUGGCGUGGCGACUGGUGACUCCGUGUGCGGCAAGUACACGUACGUCAACUCGUAUCAGCCACUUAGCCACCAGAGCCGUGACAUGGGUCUAUUCGUCGACGAUGACGGCGCGGGUUACUUGUUAAGCGAAGACCGCCAGAACGGCCUGCGCAUCAUGAGGUUAUCCGAUGACUACCUCACCGUGGCGAGUAGCACGUACCUGUGGUCUGACAGCAUCGAAGCUCCGGCUCUGCUUAAGCUGAAUGGACGCUACUACAUGUUCGGCUCGAAGCUCACCGGCUGGGACCCCAACGAUAAUGUGUACAGCACUUCGACAUCUCUGACCUCGGGGUGGAGCGCGUGGAAGACAUUCGCCGACGCCGGCAGUAAAACAUACACCUCACAGACCAACUACGUGCUACCAGUCGGCAGCAACGCCGCCAUCUACCUCGGCGACCGGUGGGUGAGCAAGAAUCUCAUGGCAUCGACAUACGUAUGGCUACCCCUAACCAUCAGCGGGACCACCGUGACCAUGGCCAACGCCGAGUCCUGGGUUCCAGACCUAUCCUCGACAUCGUCUUCCUCAUCGAAAGCCAAGCCGUCGGAGACAGCGUAUGAAGGCGAAGCCGCUGUAUAUGGUGGCAAGACGCGCAACGUAAGCUGCAGCGGGUGUUCUGGACAGACGGCGGCAGGCUAUGUGGGAGGUCCGGAUAAGGGAACCGUGACGUUCCGGGGAAUACGAAGCGACGCGAAUGCGCGCACAACCGUGCGCAUACGUUACGUGAACGGAGACAGCUCGGCGCGAUAUGCAAACGUGCGAGUGAACGGUGCCGCUGCGCAGAAAUUAGCAUUCCUACCAACAGGCAGCAGUGUGUCUAGUAGCACACUACACGUCGAUCUUAAGUCCGGCAGUACAAAUGAGAUAGUCAUUGAAGGCAUAAACGAUGGAUGGGGACCUGAUAUUGACAGAUUGAUAGUUCCUGUGCAAUAA